GUCGCUUGCGUCACCGACUCGCAGCUGACGUGGCCCUGAAGUUGAACGCGUCCGGAGCGAUCUCCGAGUCCGCUUUGAAACACUUAAAAUCGAGCGACGAAUCAAAGUACACAAAAACACGUCUCGAGAAAACCGCAGCAUGAGGCGCGCCAACAUAGAUGGGACCUCAUAUGUGGGCGGUGGGCAGCGCAUGUAUGAAGAGGAGAACGAGGCACUCCAGGAUGACUUGCGUGCCAAAGUGUCUGCACUGAAAUCUCUUUCCAUCGAAAUGGGCAAUGAGGUCAAGGUUCACAACAGUGUGCUGUCAGAAAUGGAUUCAGCCUUUGACUCGACAGGGGGGCUCCUGGGUGCCACAAUGGGUCGACUCAAGAAGAUUUCUGGCGGAAGCCAGGCACGCCUCAUGUGCUAUCUCAUGCUCUUCGCUCUCUUUGUCAUCUUUGUUCUUUACUGGGUCAUUCGCCUGCGAUAGUAUAUCAUAAACAAGCCACAAACUAAUUUCCAAAGUGUUUACCGCUAUGGUAGUGACCCACACAGUUGCCAUACUGUGUUAGGUUUAUUUCUAACGAGCUGGUCUGUGGUUUCCACAUUAUAUACAGGCAGAAUCAGCACUUUAAUGUGCCCAUUUUGAGUUAUAGUAAAAAAACAAACCCUUCAAAUUUGGAAAUUUAGAUAUGCAAUUUACCAUGUUCAGUUGCUUGGUAGGUUGAACAAGGCUGUAUUCGUUGUGUCAAUGUGCAAAAGUAAUGUCAAAAAUAAAUGUUGUUGGACAAUUAAACCGAUACAUGCUGUACAUAAGAUGGUUUUGGAACAUUAGUUAAUACAGUUUAAUGCGUAUUCAUGUAUUGGUAAUAUGACCUUAAUAACCUUUGCAGUCAUAACGUUUGCACCCGUUUCUAUUGUCAGUUGUGUUUGCUCAGCAUUCUAAUCCAACUUUUGUAUUCACAAAACCCCCAUUGAAACUUGUUUCAAUUGCUAAUAAAAACAAUUGGCAAACACCACGAUACAAUACCCUGCGUGGUGCUGUGUGUUUAUAUAAAAUAUGUUAUGGUGUUCUGUGUACCAUUUUUAUGUCCAGUGCAACGUCGUUUUUCAAAUACUGAAGCUAAAAUUGUAUAAUACUGGAAAUAUAUAUCCUCUUGAUAUGUCCAAGUAAACAAAACAUUGAAAAAUAGAUUACUUGAAUUUGAAUUUCGUAUCGUUUUUGAUAGAAUAGUUCCCAUAGAUGUUCAGACAUCUGAUGCAAUUAUAUUUGUUAGAUAUUUUAAAUGUUUCGGCGAAUGGUUGAUUUUUGAACGUUUAAUAAUAGCAUUGGAAAAUUAACUCAAAUCCUCACAAUUGUGAACCAUUGUAAAUGUUUUAUCGUGCAUAUCGUGAAUGCAAUUUGUCUUUUUUGAAGAAUGGGACAGUGUAUUCCGUUGUAUGACAUUUCUGUGAAUCAUUGUAAAUACAAUUUAAUAUUUAUUUUCGA